AUGAGUGUUUUUCCGUCCCUCCGACCGCCGCCAAUCUCAACUCCCUCUCGAGACUUCCCGAGCCACGGCGCCCAGUACUCUCCUUGGGGAACAUCCACUUCCUGUCACUCGUCAGCAACGCAUAUCGUUAAUGGCUUCUCUGAAGCACAGGGAAGCCGGUGUGCAUUUAGUAUGCGCUGCGUUUAUUCUGAGGCAAGAUCAAGGCCAUGGAGCAAAAUGGUGGGACCCACGUGUACAGAAACAGACAAAUCCCACGGGAAUCCCGAAUCCUUCCUAAUCCCAAACCCCACGGAAAUCCCGAAUCCCAAGGGACACUCACUUUGCCGAAGCCUCUGUGAAGCCACUGGGCCACUUCCGCCUGAGACGCUAAUUAUGCAACUGUCUCGUCUAUACUACACCGAGGGCCACCUGCUGCGCCACAUGCCCAAGGCCCUGCUCAAAGCCCUCAUCACGAAGCCAGUCACUGCUAACUUCCACCACUUCUGCGUCACGCCCAAAAACUUCAGCGACUUCGGCGUGGACAAGGUGUACCGCCCCCUGGCCUACAGCUGCGACAAGAGGGGCGUCGAGUACGUAGCGAUGGCCGAGGGGAAGGAUUUCCCCUUCUUCGCCGUGCAGUUCCACCCUGAGAAAGCCCCCUACGAGUGGACGACGGCGCCUGGACACAACGAAAUCCCACACACACGAGUCGCUGUUCAUCUCUCGGCGUUCUUGGCUGACGUUUUCAUAAGCAAAGCCCGCAGGAGCACCCACCGCUUCGCCAACGCCACGGAGGAGUCGGCGUCCCUCAUCUACAAUUUCCCUGCCUUGUACACCGGCGCCAAGUCCCCGCUGGAACAGGUCUACGUCUUCUAACUCUUUCUGACUCUUGUUAUAGCUACCCCUUUUUAACUUCUAACUUCUUCGGAUUAUCAUUUUAAUUCCUUUUUAACUAUUAUCUUGAUAUGUGUAAUUUUUCUUCUUCUUCAAUUAAUUGGUCUAAUUCAUUGGCAGUAGAUUUAUAUUCUUUAUAUUUUUUGGGCAAUUUCAAUAGCAGGCAGCAUGAAAUAAACAUCAUUAUCACGAAAAAAGUGCUGCUUGAGUAGAUUUUUUUUUUUUUUUUUUUUUU